AUGGAGACGAGGGGAAUGGGAGGCUGGAUACGAGUGGGAUGGGAGGCUGGAGACGACGGGGAAUGGGAGGGUGGAGACGACGGGGAUGGGAAGCUGGAGACGAGGAGGAUGGGAGGCUGGGGACGAGGAUCGGGAUGGGAGGCUGGAGACGAGGGGGAUGGGAGGCUGGGGACGAGGGGUAUGGGAGGCUGGAUACGAGUGGGAUGGGAGGCUGGAUACGAGUGGGAUGGGAGGCUGGAGACGAGGGGAAUGGGAGGCUGGAUACGAGUGGGAUGGGAGGCUGGAGACGAGGGGGAUGGGAGGCUGGGGACGAGGGGGAUGGGAGGCUGGGGACGAGGGGUAUGGGAGGCUGGAGACGAUGGGGAUGGGAGGCUGGGGACGAGGGGUAUGGGAGGCUGGAGACGAGUGGGAUGGGAGGCUGGGGACGAGGGGUAUGGGAGGCUGGAGACGAUGGGGCUGGGAGGCUGGGGACGAGGGGGAUGGGAGGCUGGGGACGAGGGUCGGGAUGGGAGGGUGGAGACGAGGGGGGUGGGAGGCUGGGGACGAGGGGUAUGGGAGGCUGGAGACGAGGGGGAUGGAAGGAUGGAGAAAAAAGUCAAUGUGAGACUCGGAAACAUGCAAUACCAUCAUGUUGUUAAACAAAUUCCUUACAUACAGAAAACCCCAAACAUGUGA